UUCAGAUGCUGGGCCAGGAGGGGCGCAGCGAGAGCUCUGGGCGGCUACGGGAUCCCGAGGGUGGGGCUGGUCUCUGAGCGACGGCCAGCUGCGCACCACCGAGGCCCCGCAUCCCCGACAGGCCCGCGAGAAAGCCCCUCCCCCGGGUGGAGACAGCUUCAAGAAGUCGACGCCGCGUCCCGCCGCGGGGCCAGUAUCCAGAGGCUGCCGCGGCCGCCGCCUCGUCGAGUUCCUGCGGCUGCCACCGUGCGGAGUAUGGGGCACUGAUGGCCAUGGAAGGUUACAGGGGUUUCCUGGCGCUGCUGGUGUCGGCUCUGCUCGUCGGCUUCCUGUCCGUGAUCUUCACCCUUAUUUGGGUCCUCCACUACCGAGAGGGGCUCGGCUGGGACGGGACUGCGCUGGAGUUUAACUGGCACCCAGUGCUCAUAGUCACCGGCUUCGUCUUCAUCCAGGGCAUCGCCAUCAUCGUAUACAGAUUGCCGUGGACCUGGAAAUGCAGCAAGCUCCUGAUGAAAUCCAUCCACGCAGGGUUGAAUACUGUUGCUGCCAUUCUUGCAAUUAUUUCUCUCGUGGCCGUUUUUGAUUUCCACAAUGCCGCAAAAAUCCCCAAUAUGUACAGUCUGCAUAGCUGGGUUGGACUGGCAGCUGUCAUCCUCUACAUGUUACAGCUGCUUCUAGGUUUUUUCGUCUUUCUGCUUCCUUGGGCUCCACUUUCUCUCCGAGCACUUCUCAUGCCCAUACACGUUUAUUCUGGACUUCUCAUCUUUGGAACAGUGAUUGCAACAGUACUUAUGGGAGUGACCGAGAAACUGAUUUUUGCCCUGCAAUCUCCUGCAUACAAAACCCUUCCACCAGAAGGUGUUUUCACAAAUACCUUCGGCCUUCUGGUUCUGGUGUUUGGGGCUCUCAUUUUUUGGAUAGUCACCAGACCGCAAUGGAAACGUCCUAAGGAACCAAAUUCUGUCCUUCUUCACCCAAAUGGAGGCGCUCCAGAGGGAGCCGAAGGUACCAUGGCAGUGAACUUUGGCAACAUGGACAAAUCAGAUUCAGAGUUAAACAGUGAAGCAGCAGCAAGGAAAAGAAACUUCGCCCUGGAUGAGGCUGGACAGAGAUCCACCAUGUAAAUGGGGUGGAGGGGUAACCAGGUAACAUCGCUUUUACAAACAAGCUCUAGAGCUUAGCUUCUCCUGUUCAGCUGUUAGAUGAUUGAGCUCCACAGAGCCAAUAUUUAUUCUAAUCAUGAAGUAGGAUUUCUUGGAAAUGUUUGUAUUGAUUGAGGCCUAUGAACUUAACCUGAAUUGAAAGGGAGAUGAUCAGUGUAAAUAACAGUGGAUAUAAAUUGGGGUUCUGUUACCUCUUUCUUGUUGAGGACCAAAGCAUUUAGCAUCGUGCCUUGUGUAGAACGAAUGACGAGAAUGUUUCUAUCAGUUGGUAAAUGCGAUAAACUGACACCUUCCCCAGGCUCUUGUCAUGCAGUCAUUCUCUGUUAAUUCUGGGAGUCUAGUUCUAAAGUUUCGGAAUCAGGUCAUGAAGAUCUGGGAAGGGUUUAUGCUGCACAGAUAUGACCAGAGCACAGAAAAAAAUUUAGGAGAAUAACCGGUUCCCUUUUCCCUGUGCCUGCCCUCUGCUCCUUCCCCAGCUCGUUUGACCUUAGAUUGGCCCUGGAGACUGAGGUUUUUCUUAGGGCAUUUGGAGAAGUAACUGGGCCUAUGUAGCUAAACAGGUCACCUCUGAUCGGACCUGGACGUUUUUCCAAAACUGACUUCACCCAAGGCUUCCUUGGGUUUAGUGUACUUUAUGAUUCAGAUUUCAAACUGAAUUAGAAUGAGAAUAUGCCUGCAUGCUUAGGCAGUAUAAACUGCUCUCCAAACCUCAAAGAGCACUUUUUCCCAAGCUUCUGGUUUUAUUUUAAAAAGUACUUAUAUGGAACAUACUAUAUGCCAGACAAUACACUAAACACUUUACAAAUCUCAGUUCAUUCAAUCCUCAGAAAAACCUCAUUCGGUAGGUACUAUUAAAAUCUUCAUUUUGCUUAUGAGAGAUCUGAGACUGGGGAAGGUUAGAAACUUGCCCAAAGGUCACACAGCUCUUAAAUGUUGGAACAAGAUUCACAACCUGGCAGUUUGACACCUCGGUCCAUGAUCCUAACCACUUCACUAGGCUGUUUUUGCUGUUAUGCACUAAUUUAUACCUGCCUUGACCCCCCUCUGGAUAAACAUCAUUUGCUGGAGUGCAAUAGAGUUGUUAAAAUUUACCUUCUGGCUCUGAUUCCAAGGCAGAGUCUCCAAAUAGCCAUGGCAAAGGGCCAACCCUUACCUGGAAUUUCCUCAUGGGCACCCUGCCACUGCCAACCAGACACGGCUUACCUUCAUACCCCUUUGAUCUUCAAAUUGUAUCUUGAUGAAAAAGAAAGGUUUAGUGGAGUUCCCACUGUGGCACAACUGGAUCAGCAGUGUCUCCACAGUGCCAGGAUGCAGGUUCGAUCCCAGGCCCAGCACAAUAUGUUAAGGAUCUGGCAUUGCUGCAGCUGUGGCAUAGGCUGCAACUGUGGCUCGGAUCUGAUCCCUGGCCUGGGAACUCCGUAUGCCUCAGGGUGACCAAAAAAGAAGGGGAAAAAAAGAAAGAAAGAUUUAGGCAGGAACAUCCAUAGCUUUCGAAGAUUCAUCAGUUGUAAUUUUAACUCUUCAUGGUCUUUAGCUGCUGACCAGCUCUGGGUUUGGAGAUAGGAGAGAAUGACUUCGUUGUCUGCCCUUCUCCAGGUGUAAAAGCUAGGGUCCUUCCCGACGUGGGUGGAAUUUUAGGGCAUAUCUUGAGCUUUGGGUUCUCAGCAGUGAAUUGAGACUCAGAAAUGACAACUUUCAUGCAUGAAGACCUCUGUCUAGGCUCUGGGCUGACUUAAGCAAAAACCUACAGCAGUGCCCAUGCAGAAAUGAUGCUUUUCACCUUGGAGUUGAUUUUUGGUUACCCUGCAAUUUUCUUAAGUUAAUUUAUUAUUAUUAUUGGGGGGAGGGGAACCAUACUCAUGGAAUGCGAAAGUUCCAGGGCCAGAGAUCAAACCCUCACCACAGCAGUGACCCAAGCCACUGCAGUGACAAUGCCAGGUCCUUCAGCUGCUGAGCCACAUGAGAACUCCUCCCUGCAAUUUUUAACUGGAACAUUUUAAGGUGAAUUAAAACCGCACAGUUUACACCAAAUAAACGUAACAUUUUUGGUACUUAGUGAACUUCCUUUUAGGGUAGCUGAUAAUUACUUCUAUAGACUGAGUGCCAGCUACACUCCAUCACGUCCGUCCCUUAAGCUUCACCAUAACCAUUCAAAACUCCUUUGACAAAACACUGUUUUCUUCUUAUUUAACUCUUUUUCCAAAAUUGGCAAUAGUGUCAUCAGGAUCCCCAAUACCCUGCAAAAUGCCUGGUACAUAGUAGACACAUAAAAUUCAAUGUAGGUAGAGCGUGCUACAAUUUGGGUGCUAAGUGGAAGGAGUAAUUGCAUCAUCACACACACACACACACUUUGAUAAAUGGAUGUUUCAUUAUAUGGAUGUGCAAAAAAAUUCCAGGGUUUUUUUUGGGGGGUGGGGUGGGAAGUGGAGGGAUUAGUGACGACCUCAAGGAUUAAAGCUGCCUUCUCCCUUCAUACAGGCCAAGAAAGAGGUUAUUAGUGAAAAGUUAAUUAUGGAUUUGGCAUUAGAAAUUGUGCUCUGUUGAGGCGUAUCUGAGCACCCUCAUCUCAGCUCUUUGUUUUAAUCCGUCUUGUGGGCUAAUGUGAGGGUAAUCAUACAGAUAUUAUAGGAACUUCUUUUCUUUCAUUCUCAACCUUUAUGAAAACAAUGCAUAGUAAAAUAUAUCUAGAAAACUUUUCUGUUUGAGACUCUUCUUUUAAUGGGCUUUUUAUUCUAAUGAUAAUUGUACCUUUAUCUUUCAAAAGCUGAUAUUUCCUACUAAAGCAUCUCCCCCCCCAGAAAUAUCUCAUUAAGAAGCCCACAAAAAGAAUAGAGGAGAAGAAAGCCUUAGGUAUCAAUUCCAAAACAGUGAUUGAAAUCUUCCCAAAUAAUUAUAGCUUGUAUCAUCUGCAGAGGUGGUUUGGCUUGUCUUACCCCAUAAUCUAAUUUCAGGGGGGAAAAAAAGCUUUAUUUUAACACUCAUCUAAAUCAACACUAAAACCUUUUGUCUCGAAGGGCUUAUUGAGAAACUCAAAUGAAUAUACUUUCUGAAUUAAUGUUAUCAAAAAUGUAUAGCUUCCUGUGCUCCUUGUGUCAGGCUACAUCCACCCUCCAAAGUAUGCUCUUCCCUCUCCUCCUAUGGUUUCAUUUAAGCCGGGCAGGUUAGAGACAGCAUCUCAGACCUUACAAUCAAAUGACAAAGAAGGUAAUUGCACGCUUUAAGGAAUACUGACAAGUGGUUUCUGUUUUCUAAAGGACAAAAUAAAGAGGACGUCUUGUUUUUAA